AAGCCGACGAGACAAUCAAAGAUUUACCGAAUGUCAAACAAAAACAUUCAGACAACAUGUACACUUCAAGGUUUAUAAGCAUGCGUAAAAUCACCGAAGGGCCCUCAAAAUUGGUUUUUGGCAGUAAAUCAUUAGAUUUUGUUAUUUGA